AACCCGUCAGUCUGCGACCGGCUGCCGACGCGACCGGAGCCCAGCAAGGAGGUGGUGGCCGCCCUACCCCCCAAGCCCCCCCACAACGCGCGCGUGUGCGUGUGUGUUUUGACUCGGCCGCGUGAGGCUCUGUCGUCGUCGUCACCGAGGAGAGAAAGAGAGAGAGAGAAGGGCGAAGAUGGAGAAGGAAAGGUCGGCGCGCUACGCCGUGACGGUGGUGCUGGGCGUGGGGGCGGUGGUGUCGCUGCUGCUGGGCAGGUCCAUGCUGCUGCAGGCCGGCCUGGCCGUGGUGCUGGGCUGGCUGCUCACCGGCUCGCGCUACAACUGGCUCUACAUCCUGCAGCACACCCUGGGCCGCGACAUCAAUGCCGCGGUGCGCUUCCUCAGGAUGCACUACACACUGUGGAAGUGGGAGAGGCAGGGACUUCCCACCAUCCCGCUCAUCUUCUCGUCCGUCGCCCAGAAGAACAAGAACAAGGUCGCCUUCGCGUUCGAGGGCCAGUCUUGGACGUUCGGCGAGGUGGACGACUUGAGCAACCGGGUGGGCAACUUUAUGAAGUCGCAGGGUAUCCGGAAAGGGGAUACGGUGGCCAUCAUCAUGGAGUCACGCCCAGACUUCGUCUGCAUGUGGAUGGGGCUGGCUAAGAUCGGCGCCACCUCUGCACUCAUCAACUACAACCUGAGGUUGGAACCCCUCGUCCACUCCAUCACCGUAGCUGGCGCCAAAGCGGUCAUCGUUGGCUCGGAGCUGGCAUCAGCUUUGCAGGAGGUUCGUCCCAAGUUGAACAAUAUUCCAGUCUUCCAAUACGCUGAUGUACCAAAGAAUGCCCCGCCCAAGGCUGAAGAAGCCUCAAAACUGCUGCCCGGUGUUGUCGACUUAAGAAUGAAACUGUGGGACACUCCUGCCACAUCUCUCAAGGAAGACAUGGCCCAAACUAAAAACCUUGAUCAUUUGUUUUAUAUCUACACAUCUGGAACAACUGGUCUCCCUAAGGCGGCAAUCAUCAAUCACAUUAGGUUCCAGUUUAUGGCAGUUGCGGUGCAUGUCAUGCUUAACUUCAAGGAUGAUGAUGUGAUUUACGACCCACUGCCAUUGUACCACACUGCUGGAGGAAUACUGGGUAUUGGUCAAGCAGUACUCACAGGAAAUACUGUGGCAAUUCGUAGGAAGUUCUCUGCUUCUAAUUUCUGGAAGGAUUGCUGCCAAUUCAAGUGCACAGUAGCUCAAUAUAUUGGAGAAAUGUGUCGAUACCUUUUGACAGUUCCUGAACAGCCUGAAGAAAAACAGCACAAGGUUCGCGUAGUUGUUGGAAAUGGAUUGAGACCCGCUAUCUGGGCCCAAUUUUGUGAGAGGUUUAAUAUUCCUCAAGUUGGUGAAUUUUAUGGUGCCACUGAAAGUAACUCAAACAUUAUUAACAUCGAUAGCAAAAUCGGAGCUGUUGGCUUUGUGCCAAGGUAUGCGGGCGCAGUUUACCCUGUUUCCCUUGUUCGUGCUGAUGAUGACACAGGUGAACCCAUACGUGGGCCCGAUGGACUCUGCCAGAUUUGUGAGCCAGGCCAGACUGGAGUAUUUGUUGGCAAAAUUAAUCCUAAGAAGGCUCACAGUGCAUUCAGUGGAUAUGCUGACAAGAAAGCAUCUGAAAAGAAAGUAAUCCGUGAUGUCUUUAUUAAAGGAGAUUCAGCAUUCAAUUCUGGUGAUAUUCUAGUCAUGGACGAAUUUGGGUACUUUUACUUCAAGGAUCGAACAGGUGACACCUUUAGAUGGCGAGGAGAAAAUGUGGCGACAUCGGAAGUUGAGGCAGUUAUCAGUAAUGUAGCUGGAAUGAGUGAUGCUGUAGUGUAUGGUGUAGAAAUUCCUAAUGUAGAGGGAAGAGCUGGAAUGGCUGCCAUUGUAGACCCAGAUAGUAAAUUGGAUUUAGAUGCACUUGUAGAUGGAAUGCGCAAAUCUCUUCCUGUGUAUGCAAGACCCCUCUUCCUUAGAGUUAUGAAGUCAUUACCUAUGACAGGAACCUUUAAGCUCAAGAAGAAGGAUCUAUUAAAUGAUUCUUAUGAUCCUGAUAAAAUUAAAGAUGCUCUUUAUUUCUUUGAUGGAAGCUCAAACAAGUUUGUUGCAUUGACCCAUGCUCUUUAUCAAGAUAUAAUUACAAACAAAAUACGGUUUUAGAGAGCAAAUUUAAAUAAAAUUACUUCUUCAUUUUAAGGAGGUUUUGAAGCUUUAGGUAUCUUCUUCAUGAGAGGACAUCCAGUGAGGCUGCACCGCACAGUCAAGGGACAAAAAAGAUUUUGUGAUUCAAAGAUGAUUUUUGUCUUCACAAAACUGCAUCACAUCAGUUAAUACUUUCCCCUUUUUUUGUGUGUAAAUAUGGAACUACAGGAAGAACUUUCAUUUUCGUUACCUGGCCAAUUGUGACCAGUGAAAGUGUUAUUUGUCUUCAAGUAUUAGAGGAAUUACAGCUCAGCAGUUUUAAUGUUAAUUUCAUUAUUACAAAAGAAAUCAGUAGGAAAAUUAAUUUCAGAAAGUAAGAGAUCAUAAGUCCUAACUCAAUCAGUUGAGUUGGUAUUAUCAUCAAAUGAUAGGGGCUCCACCUUAUGGCAAUGGUACUUAACAAAUUUCGAUUAUUCGAAUCUCCUAAUUAAAAUGUGCCUUUCCAUUCAAGUUUACUUUUGUAAUUAUGUUUUUCUUUCUGAAGUAUUUACCUUAUUUUUAGGUAGAAUAAUUCGCAGUUGUGUGAUGGAUGAUUGGUGCUGGUUAUUGAGCUGUUUAUUUUUGUACUUACUCUCCUGUACAGCUCUCUGUGAUCUUUGCAUAAGGAAAUUUCAAUUUUUCCAAACAAUGUAGAAAUUAAAUUGUACUUCUGGAAGAAACCUCUAGACCUAUGGAUCUGUUAUGAGAAGAGGUGGAUAGUCAAUACCUGGCACAGUAUGAAAUGAACAUUUGCUCAAUCAUAUCUAGAAAGAUGGAUUGUAAUAGACUUGAACAUCAAAGAUGGACAUUGUUAAUUACCAGUAGGGGAAAAAAUGAGCAAGGGUUGUACGUGCAUUGAAAUUUCUUAUGUUACCUAUUGAAUUGAACAAGUUCACAUAUUUAUUGUAUUAUAUUUUUUCACUUAAAAUAAAUGUGCCGACUCUUAUCAAAAUGUGUACUUUACAAUUCUGUUUCUUUUGUCAUGAACCUCAAUGUUAAUUCAUAAGUCAAAUUUUAAUUAAAAUCUGUGAUUCUUUAAAAAA